ACGAUCGGCACCCUCGGUAUCGGUGAAGCCACGCGAGACGCCGGAGUAUUUGGCGAUAGGCUUGCUGCGAUUGCGAACCGUCCUCCGCGACGCCGGACAGGAAACGUUCGUGCUUGCUUGACUCGAGGGCGAACGGAGGGGGGGAAUGGCGUCCUCGUGGAGCGUUCCCACUACCUAAUAUAUGCACUCAGGAGAGCUUGUGUGAAAGCUACAUCACCUCACGUCCGAGGAGGCCGGACGGGCUACGGGCAGGGGUUUGAUGAAGCUGCAGGGAACGCACCUUCUGCCGGGCCAGAGUGGAGAUGGGUCCAGCAUGGCCGGGUGUGCCUUGGUUACACAUGGCCGAGCGUGCAGGUGCAGGUCGCCGUCUACGAGUAUCCAUGCCGCCCCGCUCCAGCUCCAACCGCACGGCGACCCGUCAGCGAGCGUUUGCCAACGCAGAAGCCUCUGCGGGUUAGUCUAUCCAACGCGAUCCAAGCUACGGAGGUGGAGUCGCGCUGAUAUCAAUCUGGGCAAAUGCGCCGUCGAUCAUCUAGAUCCAUCCCGCAUGCGGCCUGGCCUCAACCUUGCCGCCGCCCAUCCUUGCUCUGUUUGUCAACACGAUCGUGCACUCGAGAGAACGGCGCGCGGUUCGGCUGCUGUCAAACCAGCAGUGGACGUGCAAGGCAUUCCAGAAGGCAUGCAUCGCCAUCCUCGAGCUGCACAACUGCGAGGACAGUUGGAGCGGCGCAAAGCAAAAGUCGUAUGCAGCAUCGAGGGGCAUCGGCGGUAUGACGCUUUUUCAGACAGCCACCGAGCGGGCGGCACAUCUACUCCCCCUUCACCGGUUCUCCACCGCAAGCAAAUACUCUCCCAUCGCCGGACUCAGCUAGAUCUCUCCACUAUCCGCUCCGAGGGGCGCAUUUUCAACCUUCUCAUCAACGUUUUGCUGCAUCGUGGCGAUUAUCCGGUGGAUGCGGAUGCGACGGCCAGAGAGCGGCCCGAGCGCCAUUAUCGUCGACCAAAACGCCUCAGCGGAGCUCCGCAAAAGCAACGAACACGCGGGAGCCAAUCGAGCUAAACAAUUGCAAAAUGCCAUGCGGGAGAACACGACACGGGAGGGCUUCUGCUUCCAGCCUAUGAAUGUCUUUGUUUCGAUUUAGCGACCGAGUUCCGGGUCCCGCCAUUCAGGGGCACGGGCGCGUUCCUGACUGAGUCCUGGUCGCACAUCGCGAUGCAAAUUGGAGA